AUGCGGUGGAUAACUUCCAGCCUUACUGUGGCUCUGAGCCUGACAGGACCGGCCGUCUCGCCUCUCAGCCAGUGGGAAGGCUCAAUACCACGAUAUCUUUACAUCACUUCGACACUCGUCAGACAGCUGGACGCUGUGGAGCAGACUUUGGUGGCCAGAGAUGUGGGAACAACCAGUGUUGCUCGUCCUAUGGGUAUUGUGGGACUGAUCCUGAACAUUGUACGGAACAUCUCCUCGAAAUAUAUAACCAGCACUUCUACCGUACUGAUAAAACUAGGCGCUUUGCUUGUAGGAUGUCAACCUGACUAUGGCCGAUGUGGUGAUGCGCCAGAGCCCACUCCCACACCUACACCAACGCCUACCCCAGCACCGCCAUCUAGCCCACCUGUCAUCUCAUCAUCGAGCACAAUCGUACCCACGACUUCCUCAGUCCUCCCGCCGCUCCCCUCUGGAACCCUUAUCGUCUCUCCAAACGGACAAUGCGGUAACGUCACGACUUGCGCUGGCUCAACCUUUGGUCGCUGCUGCUCAGAAUACUACUACUGCGGUAACUCCCCUGCCUUCUGCGGUACAGGGUGUCGCCCUGGCUUUGGCGCCUGUGAUGGCGGUCUCCCUCCUAUCGUCUCUUCAUCGGUACCUGUACCUAUCCCCCCGACAUCGAGCGUUAUUUCCUCGUCGUCGUUGUCGCUCUCGACCACGUCAAUCAAUAUACCCACCCCAACAUCCACCCCAACACCAUCCUCAACAGCAGCACCCGUUCCAACCAACGUCAGUACGAAUGGCCGCUGCGGCCCAGAAGGCAACGGUAUGACGUGCCAGGGCUCAUCGUUUGGAAGGUGCUGUAGUGACUAUGGGUGGUGUGGAAACCUGAGUCCAGACUUUUGUAGCGUGGCUUGGGGCUGUAGACCACAGUUUGGGUCUUGCGGCUGA